CCCAGCUUUAUAUUAAUCUCCUUAUCAACCUUCCAAAAUUACACAUCUGCCACUGCCACUUCCACUUUCACUACUCUUAUCAUUUCAUCUCCUUCUCCUUCUCUGCUUCGCAAAGCUUUCCUCUCUCUCAGCCAUGGCGUCUUCUCUUCCAACACAUUACGCUCUUCAAUUUCUCAGCUGUUUCUCCUCAGUUUCUCCCAGACUCUGUUACCUCCGACGCCGUGAAUUUUCUAGGCGAUUCCCGGCUUCCGAGAAAGUUGCCGUCUUCACUUUCCGGGAAAAUUUAAGAGGCGAAGAUAAAGUUUACUCCGUCUACUGCCUCUGCAAAGCGAGUGCCGAGGUCGAUAGGAUUUCGAUCGUCGACGAGAGCGAGCGACCGCCGUUCGACAUCAAUCUAGCUGUGGUUCUAGCCGGUUUUGCUUUUGAAGCCUAUACUAGCCCUGCUGAAAAUAUUGGUAGACGAGAAGUUGACGCGGCGGAUUGUAAGACGGUGUAUCUAUCAGAAUCAUUUGUACGCGAGAUAUAUGAUGGACAAGUAUUUGUAAAACUGAAAGAGGGUUUUGAUCUUCCUGCCAUGGAUCCCUGGGGGACAAGUGAUCCAUAUGUGGUUAUGGAACUGGAUGGUCAAGUUGUCAAGAGCAAGAUUAAAUGGGGGACAAAAGAGCCAAAAUGGAAUGAGGACUUCACUUUUAAUAUCGAGCAGCCUCCAAAGAGAAAUCUUCAGGUUGCAGCUUGGGAUGCAAACCUUGUUGCUCCACAUAAACGCAUGGGGAAUACGGGCAUUAAUCUGGAAAGCUUAUGUGAUGGAAAUAUGCAUGAACUAGUGGUGGAUUUGGAAGGGAUGGGCGGUGGUGGAAAGUUAAAGCUGGAGGUCAAGUAUAAAACCUUUGCUCAAAUCGAAGAGGAAAAGGAAUGGUGGAGACUCCCUUUUGUUUCAGAAUUUCUGCGUAAAAAUGGUUUUGACUCUGCUUUGAAAAUGAUUGUUGGCUCUGAGACGGUCCAAGCCCGUCAGUUUGUGAAAUAUGCUUUUGGACAGCUAAAAUCCUUCAAUGAUACUUACCUUACUAAGGAUCGGAUUUCGAACAGCGAUAAAAAUGGCAGAAAUGAGAUUGAUAAAUCUAAUGAAGUUACUGAAGGUACUUCAACUAGUACAACUCACAAUGAUGGGAACAAUUUAAAGGAGCUUCACACAGAUAAUGAUGGAUUGGGAAAUGGGCAUUCUGCUGAAGUUGUACCACAAGUUGGUGAGAAGACAGAAUCAGAUAAAUAUUUCUGGAAGAACUUUGCUAAUGUUAUCAAUCAAAGUGUAGUUCAGAAACUUGGUCUUCCAAUUCCGGAGAAAUUUAAGUGGGAUGGAUUUGACUUAUUGAACAGAAUUGGUUUACAGUCGAAAAGUAUAGCAGAAGCAGGUUACAUUGAAUCCGGGCUUGCUACUUCAGAAGGCAUGGAGGUAGUCCAUGACAAAGCAAGUGGCUCACUUGACAUUAAAACCGUUCGUUCUUCCCUUCCGGAUAUAAAGAAAGCAACAGAGGAUCUCUUGAAGCAAACAGAUUCCGUCUUAGGAGCUUUAAUGGUUUUGACAGCAGCAAUUUCUGAAUCAAACAAGGAAGCAUGCCUUUCGGAAAAGAGUGUUAAACAAGAGGGUGUUUCUAGUGAUGGAGAUGUAACGAAUGAGAAGCUUGCUUCACAAGAUGGGCUAGUGUUGGAUGAAAAGAAAGCUCAGGAGAUGAAAGAACUCUUUUCAACUGCAGAGAGUGCCAUGGAGGCAUGGGCAAUGCUUGCUACUUCUCUUGGACAACAAAGUUUUAUAAAGUCAGAAUUUGAGAAGAUAUGCUUCUUAGAUAAUGAAUCAACGGACACACAGGUGGCAAUCUGGCGAGAUUCUUCAAGGAGAAGAUUGGUUGUUGCGUUUAGAGGAACGGAACAGACAAAAUGGAAGGACUUGAAAACGGAUUUAAUGCUAGUACCAGCUGGGCUCAAUCCUGAAAGGAUUGGAGGAGACUUCAAACAAGAAGUUCAAGUUCACAGUGGUUUCUUAAGUGCAUAUGAUUCGGUCAGAAUAAGAAUCAUCUCUCUUAUCAAGCACGCAAUUGGUUAUAUUGAUGAUCAUGGAGAGUCGCCGCUUAAAUGGCAUGUUUAUGUGACUGGUCAUAGUCUAGGAGGUGCAUUGGCUACCCUUCUAGCACUGGAACUUUCAUCAAGUCAACUGGCAAAACGUGGGGCAAUAUCUGUGACCAUGUACAACUUUGGAUCUCCUAGAGUCGGUAACAAACAGUUCGCAGAAGUUUACAAUCAGAAAGUCAAAGAUAGUUGGAGAGUCGUAAACCACAGGGACAUUAUACCGACAGUCCCACGCUUGAUGGGUUAUUGCCAUGUAGCUCAACCUGUUUAUUUAGCAGCAGGAGAUCUAAAGAUUGCUUUGGAAAAUUUGGAGCUUUUGGGAGAUGGUUAUCAUGGUGACGUGAUUGGGGAAUCCACACCAGACGUACUCGUCAGUGAAUUUAUGAAGGGUGAGAAGGAACUUAUUGAAAAAAUAUUACAAACCGAAAUAAACAUAUUCCGCGCAAUCAGAGAUGGGAGUGCACUUAUGCAACACAUGGAGGAUUUCUAUUACAUCACAUUGCUAGAGAAUGUGAGAUCCAAUUACUUGAAUGCUGCAAGAUCGAACUCCAGUGAUCAAGAUAGCUUAACAGUUGGUCGAGGUUAGCAACUCAUGAACCUAAGAAGCUGAGAUACACAGAUUUAGCUCAUAUGUCUCUUUAAUAUCCCUUUAAUAUGUUUUUUACGCGUCUUAUUGAUUAUGCCACGUCAAUUAAAAUUAUAUCAUGACUUUUUAAUUGACAUAAUAAAAAAUUUUGAUUGACGCGGCAUUUCAUUGACGUGUCAUGAUUUUAUUAGAGGGAGAUAAAGAGGACAAAAAUAAAGAGACACAGAAGUUGGUUCUGAUAUACACAUUCUUGGAGAUAUUCGUAUUAUGAAUGUUGCCCAGCUAUAGGAAUUCUCAUGUUGUGUUGUAUUACAGUCAUAUUUCCUUCCACAUUAUACUGAGAUUAAGGCUUCUUGCUGGAAUGAGAAAGCAAAAAUAGCAGCCAUUUGGAAUUAUGACAUUGGCUUAACU